AUGCCGGCUAGCAACGGUCCCCAGAUUCCCCAGGACAAGGCGGUCCUCUCGCCUUCGCAGGCUCUCGAGCACCUCAAGACCUACUCCACCGGCGAUGGUCUUAGCAUGGCCGAGUUGAUCGACUCCCGCCAGCACGGUGGUCUCACUUACAAUGACUUCCUCGUUCUUCCUGGCUUUAUCAACUUCAACGCUUCCGAUGUUAGCCUUCGCACCAGGGUCACCAGGAACGUUACGCUUAACACUCCUUUCCUUUCGUCGCCCAUGGACACGGUCACUGAGACUGAGAUGGCUAUUGCUAUGGGCUUGAUGGGCGGUAUGGGUGUCAUUCACAACAACAUGAGCCCUCAGGAGCAGGCCAGCGUCGUUCGCAAGGUCAAGAAGUACGAAAACGGGUUCAUUACCGAGCCACUCUGCCUUGACCCUAACGCCACUGUUGGUGACGUGCUUGAGAUCAAGGAGCGUCUCGGAUUCGGCGGUAUCCCCAUCACUGACACGGGUGCCAUGCACGGCAAGCUCCUCGGUAUUGUCACCGCUCGUGACGUUCAGUUCCGUGACACCUCGAUCCCUCUUUCCGAGGUGAUGACCAAGGACCUCGUCACCGCCAAGCAGGGUAUUACUCUCGAGCAGGCCAACACCAUCCUCCGUGACAGCAAGAAGGGCAAGCUUCCCAUCGUUGACGCUGAGGGCCGUCUUGUUGCUCUUCUUGCUCGUUCCGAUUUGCUCAAGAACCAGAACUUCCCUCUCGCCUCCAAGCAGCCCGCCAGCAAGCAGCUCUACUGUGCCGCCGCCAUCGGUACCCGCCCUUCGGACCGUGAGCGUCUUGCUCUCCUCGUCGAGGCUGGUCUUGACGUUGUCAUCCUUGAUUCGUCGCAGGGUAACUCGGUCUACCAGAUCGUCAUGAUCCAAUGGAUCAAGCAGACUUUCCCUCACAUUGACGUUGUUGCCGGUAACGUUGUUACGCGCGAGCAGGCUGCUAGCUUGAUCGCUGCCGGUGCUGACGCUCUCCGUGUUGGUAUGGGUUCCGGUUCGAUUUGCAUUACUCAGGAGGUCAUGGCUGUUGGCCGACCCCAGGGUACUGCUGUUCACGCCGUUGCCGAGUUCGCCUCCAAGUUCGGCGUCCCCGUCAUUGCCGAUGGUGGUAUCUCCAACGUUGGUCACAUUGCCAAGGCUCUCGCUCUUGGUGCUUCCGCUGUCAUGAUGGGUGGUCUUCUUGCCGGUACCACCGAGUCGCCUGGUGACUACUUCUACCGUGACGGCAAGCGUCUCAAAGGCUACCGUGGUAUGGGAUCCAUCGAAGCCAUGGAGCACCAGAAGAAGGGCAAGAUUGCCGGCGCUACAGGCAAGGGAGCUGCCAAAGCCGACAAGGUCGCUGCCGAUGAAAACGCCGCUACUCAGCGGUACUUCUCCGAAAGCGACGCUGUCAAGGUCGCUCAAGGGGUCGCUGGUGCUGUGCAGGACAAGGGAUCGGUGAAGAAGUUUUUGCCUUAUCUGUACACCGGUUUGCAGCAUUCGUUGCAGGAUAUGGGUGUUCCUCACCUUUAUCAGCUUCGUACUGCUGUUGGGAGCGGUCAGGUGAGGUUUGAGCUCAGGACGGCUUCGGCUCAGGUCGAGGGCGGAGUUCAUGGCUUGCACUCUUAUGAGAAGCGUCUUUUCUCUUCCUAA